AGUAAUUCGAGCAUAAAAUGGAGAAAGCGAAAAUGGAGAGUGGUAGCGUUUCGCUGUCUGAUGAACGAAAAGUUGUUCACUCAAAACGAUUAAACACUAAAAAUGUUAACAAAACCCCUGCUAAAAGUCGUAGAGUAAUAUUUAAAAAGAAUCGUCCGAUAAAAUCUCUUCGUGCUAUAUCAAAGCCCAUUAAUUCGGAGAGGUUAUAUUAUAAGGGUAGUUACUUUACCAGAGGCGAUGUUGUUUCCUUAGUCGAUGCGUCUGGGCGAGUCUAUUAUGCUCAGCUUAGAGGCUUUCUUCAAGAUCAGUUUUGUGAGAAGAGUGCUGUUAUUACAUGGCUUCUUCCAACCCAAGGUAGUCCAAAGGACCGCUUUGAUCCUGCAACGUAUAUUCUUGGGCCAGAAGAAGAUAUACCGCGAAACUUGGAUUGUAUUGAGUUUGUGUGUCAUGCUCCAAGUGAGUAUUUUAAAGCGAAGAGGUCACCGUAUCCUGAACUUCCUUCAAAACCAGAAAUAGGAGUUAUGUGGACAAAAUCGGGACCCAAAAUUAUACCUCUCCCAUUGACGGAAUUGUCAGAUAGUGAUUAGUUGUGUUAAUGCUGUAAUUAUUCCAUAUAUACUUUGAUUUUGUUAUAAAAGUUACACAACCACUUUAUUGAAAUGCUUUUAUCUAAUUAAAAUAUUUUUUGAUGCAUUUA